UUUAGAGCAGAUUUACAUGAGCUAUUCAGUCUACAGUCGGAGCCUAAAGGAACUUGUCACUCAGGAUUGGCUUUACUGGCAAAUUCUUCGCCACCUACCUUAAUUUCUUCUGUACAGCGUCCAACAGGAGACUGCAAGUGUGACACUAAUAUGAGGAAACCUUUACAUGCCCCAGACCCUGGAGAACAUCAGGAGCCAGUCGGUUGUUGUGUUUAGAGGACUAUGCUCUCCUCAACACCGUAAGGCAAGUGCUCGUGCUAAACCAGCCAGAGCAGCCUCACAGCCAGCCUGAGCCUCAGCCUCCACCUAUGCAACAGCGAUGGAAUUGAUGCUCCCAGGUGCUGACAUGGGGCCCCAGAAGGACUCCUUCCCCCUGAGCAGAAGGCAUCACUACCUCCACGUCCGGAGAAAAUUGAGGCCCAUAAGGAUUCUAGCUUUCGUCCUCAGCAUUGUGACUCUCAGCACAGUCUUCUCAUUGGGUGUCUUCCAGUGGACUACUUCUUCUACUGGGCGUGAUGGAAAUGGAGGGGAUCUACUUUCCUCCUCCCCCGCUGCUUUGUCCGGGGGAGACCUACUGCAGUCGGCCCCCCGCAGAACACUGCUCACCACCAAGCACCAGGGAGGCCACAACGUCUCUAUGAUGGAGGACAUGCCCGUGGCCAUGAAGUCUUCCAUGGAUGAGAUGAACCAGGGGGACUACCCCACGGAUCUCUUCAACCUAGAGGAGAGAAGGCAGGGGGCUGUGGGUCUGCACAUGUUUGGGAUGUUGUACAUGUUCAUCGCCUUAGCCAUUGUGUGCGACGAGUUCUUUGUCCCGGCCCUAACUGUGAUCACAGAGAAACUUCAAAUCUCAGACGACGUUGCCGGAGCAACCUUCAUGGCGGCCGGGGGUUCUGCCCCGGAGCUUUUCACUUCCGUCAUCGGGGUGUUCAUCUCCCACAGCAACGUGGGCAUAGGAACCAUUGUGGGUUCGGCCGUGUUCAACAUCCUGUUUGUCAUCGGGAUGUGCGCGUUGUUCUCCAAGGAGGUUCUCCAGCUGACCUGGUGGCCCCUCUUUAGAGACGUCUCCUUCUACAUCAUUGGUCUGUUGAUGCUCAUCCUAUUUUUUUUGGAUAACCAGAUCUUUCUGUGGGAAAGUAUCGCCUUGCUGAUGUGCUACUUGAGUUAUGUGACAUUUAUGAAGUUCAACGCAAAUGUAGAGACCUUCAUAAAGAGUAAAUUGGGCCAGAAUCAAGUGGAUGAGGUGGAGGCCGCUCCUAAGUUGGAGUCUGAUUCAUUGCUCUCAGAUGUUAUAUACUCAGAGUCACACUCUUACGGAGCCCAGGCAACCACGGGUGACGACGAAAACAAGUUGACGGCCAAGCCCCGUCUCCAGAGAGGAGGCUCAUCAGCCUCCCUCCACAACACCCUGAUGAGGAAUAGCAUUUUCCAGCUCAUGAUCCACACCCUGGACCCUCUCAGUGAGGGGGAGGGACUGGGGGGGCGAUUCAAAGAGAAGGCCUCCAUUCUCCACAAGAUGGCCAAACAGAAAUGUCAAGAUGGCGGGGAUGGGGAAAAACCCAACGGUGUCGCAGACAAAAACAUCCCCAACAGUUCCAACGUCACAGUGGAAGUCACUUCGCCUGCAAAUGGCGACAUAGGACCGGCGGAGGAGGAGGAAGAUGAGGAUGCUCCUCUGAGUUUGGAGUGGCCGGAGACGAACCGCAAACGAAUAACGUAUCUCCUUAUCCUCCCCAUCGUCUUCCCCCUGUGGCUCUCUCUGCCGGAUGUCAGGAGAGAGACUUCCACAAAAUUCUUCCCCAUAACUUUCAUUGGUUCCAUCUGUUGGAUUGCUGCCUUCUCCUACCUCAUGGUGUGGUGGGCUCAUCAGGUUGGAGAGACCUUCUGGAUUACAGAGGAGAUCAUGGGAUUGACCAUAUUAGCAGCUGGUACAUCAAUUCCUGAUCUAAUCACCAGUGUCAUUGUAGCCCGGAAAGGCCUUGGUGACAUGGCUGUGUCCAGCUCUGUGGGCUCCAACAUAUUUGACAUUACCGUGGGCCUGCCGUUCCCUUGGCUCAUCUACGGCCUGGUCAAUGACUUCAAGGCGGUGCAGGUGAGCAGCAACGGCCUGUUCUGCGCCAUCGUGCUCCUCUUCCUCAUGUUGCUCUUCGUCAUCAUCUCCAUCGCCUCCUGCAAGUGGAAGAUGAGCAAGGUGCUGGGAGGCCUCAUGUUUUUACUGUACAUCUUCUUCCUGGUAACCAGCGUCAUGCUGGAAGACAAGAUCAUCAUGUGUCCCAUCUCCAUCUGAAGGCCCCUCUUCAACCCCAACCUCCUGGAAACACAAACACACCUUCUCUCUCUCACACACACAUACAGUACACACGAUCAAUUGAUCCUCCCGUUGUCAAUGGGGGCUUCCGUUGGGAGGAGCAGUAGAAAACUAGCAUGACUUGAUUGAUUGAUUCCAAAUGCCUGAGCACAACCUGCAAAUGACAAUUUGUGAACUUUGAGCAGGGCAGACGGACCUGUCGAUGAGGGAUUGAUUCACGACGCUACUGCCCAAUGGGAUGGGUUUCUCCCCACAUCACAUGACCACAUCUGAGAGCUUCCAUUGGUUUAAAUCUGUCGUUGACUGACAAACAGGCGAUUGUAAUCACGCCCAUGUCGGAGAGUAGGGGACCACGUCUGGUAACUCUAAUCCAGAGGACUAUGUGAUAUGAUUAGAGAAUAGAUUUGAAUAUGUCAGGUAUCAACUGUCUAUCCGUCAAAAACUUUGAUGGCUGUAUGAAGUGGAGCUCUGGAAAAGGUCCUGCAGGUCCUAACCAGAAAGUGGAACCUGGCAGAGAAAUGGAAGAGAGGUUCAUCAGAUGCAAGAAAUAUCAAGGCAUGAGGAACAUGGUUGGAUCCACCAACAGGUAGAUUAAAGAGCAGCGCCUCAGCUUUCACAGAGUUUACCGAACUCCAGUAAAUCGCGAUCAAUUUGCACAGGUCCUUGCUAUAAGAGUGUCUGAGGAUUGCGUGGAUCAAGCGGAAGUGUUUUUCUUGAUUUUUGUAAAUUAGUUUUCAGUUGUAUUUAUAUUAUAAUUGCUUAAUUUGCAAAACCCAAAAGGUUUUUGUUCUCAAAUCAAAAUCUAGAAUUUGUACAGUUCUGAUUGGGCUCAUAACUGGUACAUGUUUGUAUGGACUUGCAAAGUUUGGAAAGGUAAAGGUGUAAAUGAAGAGAAAAUGGUAGUAAUAUGACGAGGGUGGUUUUGUUUGGGACAAUUUUGUGGAGUAAAUAUAAUGUAGUAUUUCUAAUUUAUCUUCUGUUUCUUAAACCCAACCCAUAUUUUCAAACUUGUUUGACAUAUAAUAUUAAGGUGAAUCCAGUUGAGCAAAUCUAUUGUACCUAAUGCUACAACAAUUUUAUGGUUGAAAAUGUAACAAUACCAUUUUUUUCCGGUAAAAGAUAUAGACACUGUGCUCCACUUAUUCUAUACGCAAAUCAGCUGAGGAACAUGACAAGUGUAAAUAGUUAAAAUGGUCGACAGGUGUGAUGUAGGGACACACUUUUUCAACCCCUUUUAAUCAAAUGUAUUUAUAAAGCCCAUUUUACAUCAGCAGAUGUCAGCAGUCCUAUACAGCAGUCCUAUACAGCAGUCCUAUACAGCAGUCCUAUACAGCAGUCCUAUACAGCAAUCCUAUACAGCAGUCCUAUACAGCAGUCCUAUACAGCAGUCCUAUACAGCAGUCCUAUACAGCAGUCCUAUACAGCAGUCCUAUACAGCAGUCCUAUACAGCAGUCCUAUACAGCAGUCCUAUACAGCAGUCCUAUACAGCAGUCCUAUACAGCAGUCCUAUACAGCAGUCCUAUACAGCAGUCCUAUACAGAAAGACUAAAACCCCAAACAAUGCAGAUGUAGAAGCAGAUGUGAAGUGAAAAUAUAUAUAAAGGGGUUGUGAACUCUGUACAAAUGAUCAGUUUUCCAUGUUUGAUACAGUUUGUAUGCUUCAGAAUCAUAUAGGGAUAUAAAUAUCUAUUUUUUUAUACGUCAUUUGUUUGCUUGUUUUCUCUGUAUAAUAGAGCAAACAGUAACAUGUAUAUCUGAAUAACAUCCUGUUUUGUUCCUCACUUGUGAUCAACUGAACAGAAUAAGGGGUUUAAGAUUUUACAUGGACCAAAAGCAAAAUAGCAUGUGAAUGAUAUUCUCAGAAUAAUCGAUAGUUCUACACUGUAAAAAAAUAUAUGUUUCUUCUCCACUAUAAGAUCGAUCAUAAAAAAUGUCAAACUAUUUAGUUGCUUUAGAAUUGUUACAUCACCGUUGCUGUAUGGGGCUUGCCCAUUGACUGGCAAUGGCAAACCCCAUCCCUAUCACAGCAUUCUCCAACCAUGUUCCUGGCGCGCUACCAAGGUUUCCAAUCCAACCACAGAUGUAACUAACCUGAGUCAAUUGAUCUACCAACUAAUUAUUAGAAUCAGGUGCGCUAGAUUAGGGUUUGAGCGAUAAUUCAUAAGACGUUAGCUCUCUAGGAACAGGUUUGGAGAGCCCUGCUCUAGCACAUGAAGCAUACAGUAUGGGCAUCACCGCAAUUAAGUUGUUUUCUUAUGAAUAAUUGUUAAGAUAACAAGCCCAAUUUUGCAAUACUUGUACCAUAAUAGUGACUUGUUAUAUUAUCACAUCCUAGUGGGCAAAAGUGGUGUAAAAUAUGUCUUUUGGAAAGAGAUGUGCAGUGGAAACAACGUAUUUUGAACCAUAUUUGCUCACUGGGAUAUGCUAUAUGUGAUUUUUAACAAUAAUAAUUGAACCAUCUGAGACUGAAUAGGCAACAACAACAAAAGGAUCCACUAUAUUGACAACUAAAAUAAAUGGAUUAUCUUUGCUAAAAGAUUUUCUAUGUACUACUGUAACCCCUUUCACUAUUUGUUAAUUUCUCUAAGCCAAUUUCAUCAAUUGUCAAUUUGUUUUCUCUCGCGAAUGCAAUGUUUAUUCAUACAAACAGUUUGUAAACUGAUAAUGAUAAUUCCAUAUUCUGUUUAGACCAAUAUCGCUUCCACUGCUUUAGGGUUUAAUGUUAUUGAUAUGUAUAGAACAUGUUUAAAAUACAGAUAACGUUCAUGACUUUAGACAUCCACGUUGCAUUAAUAAAGAAACACUUUCAUAUAGUGGGUUAUUUCUUGAUCUUUUUUUCAAUGGAUCUUAUGCAAAUGUAACAUUUAAUGCAUGGAUGAGUAGGAAGGAAAGACGAUCAGUCAGUAUAACAGAACUAUAUGGACAGCGUGGAAGUCUAUCAUAAUAACACAGAACAAAGAAUGAACGGCAAUGCUUUUAUAUUUCUGUUACAUACCAUAUAUUUAAGUAUGAAUCGUGUAUUUGAAUCAUAAUCAUGUAUACUUGAAUCAUGUAAAAUAUUGUUUUUAAAAAAUCAUAUCAGUCAUUCUGUAUAAAAUGUCAUAUGAUAAUAAAUGAAACUGUUUGAAAUUG